GGGAUGGGCUCCAUAGAAGCUAUAAAUUGGCCGGUGGCAGUGAUGGAGGCAUCAGAGUUGCCAGAAAUUGACGAAAAGAAUAAAACAUGGCGAUGGACCAACAGUCAGGUACGGUUCCGGCGGGACUGUAUGGUGCGUUUAGAGACAAUGGUGCUCCGACCUACUAUGGCGAAGUACACUCUCCUUGGCAUGCCGAUAUUUUGGAAUCUGGAUUUAUUUUUGCUGGAUGUAUUUUAGCGGUGGCAUUUUUCAGUAUAUUGCCUGGAAUUCAUGGAAAAUCUAGAUGGUUCACCUUGAUUUGGAUCGUUCUUGGUGUAUCCGUCGGGACUUCAAUAUUGGUUGUCAACUACAGUGCGGAGUGGGAGACGGCAGAAGUUGUAACCGAAACUAAGUACAAAGCGGGUACUGGAAAAGACAUUCAAGCUAAAGUUGGCGUCCAUAUUGGUCUUCGUGGAAUCAAUGUAACAUUGAAAGGAGAGCCAGUGGAACAGUUGAAUGAAACAAUCAAUUAUAACGAACAUUUCAGCUGGUCAUGGAGACAGGGACGAAUAGGAUUUGGACCUUUUGCUAGUCAAUUUAACCAGGAAUACCGGGCUGCCCAGUUCCGUGGCCUGCCCCUACCAAUUUUAUGGAUAGCCGAGUACUUCACCCUUGAUGGGGAGGGUAUACGCUGGGGGCGUUUUUAUCGGGAAGCUGGACUCUUUGCUCAUAUGUGUUUAUGGCUUGCCUUGGCAUUUUGGGUUUUGGCAAAUAUUAUGCUGUUCAUGUUGCUACGAUACGGCGCCUACCUCAUCAUUCUUACGGGGUUAAGUAUGUGCACUUCCAGUGUUAUCAAGCACUAUAUCAGAAACCCGCUGGACCUGUCAAUUCCAUUUUCUGCAGAACAUAUUCUGGUCAUUCACUAUGGUGCUGCUUUUUGGCUUUGUCUUGUUAUCGGUAUCAUGUGUAUUGUGUUCGGUCUAGUCGUUCUAAUAUUAGAUCUCAGGUUGCCAGCAGCCACUGCCAGCUUCUUUGGAAUGGAUAUACUGCAAGAUGAGAAACUUCUACAGACAGAACAUUCAUCUUUAUCAAGAAAUAGCGAUGCCACGAACGCCAGUACCUCAACUAAUAACAGCGAUUUAACGGAAAUUGUCGAAGUUGACCGAGACGGUAAAGUUAUAAGGAAAAUAGAUGUCCGGCCUGCUGGCGCUCCUAAAAAUGGCAGUUACGUGCGCCACUAUGAUAUGGGUAGGGGCCGUCUGGAUGAUGUGCUAGGGGACGAGGCUAAUAGUUGGACAGACUGCUCUUCCGACAGUGAACUUGAGCCUACCGAUGACGAAUGGGAAGAGCCUAGUUCUGCUCCUGUUAAACGACCAGGGUCACGUGGCUUUGUUCAGAGAUUUCAGGCGAGACGCAGGGUACCAUCCGCUAAACCAGCUAGAACUCGAAGAACAAGAGUGAGCCCAACAGAAUUUCCGCGGUGGAAAAAUUAGAAUCCGCCAAAGCAUCUAGUCAACUAAAUACUAGUCAUGUACAUAGUGCCUGCUUGUAACAAUCAAAUCGUUAAACUGGUGAAUUGAUUACCUCGGCCUUUAUGCAACACCAUGGUUUAUUUACGGAAUAUGCGGAAAUACCCGAUGUUUCACGAUUGAAUGUGACAAUUUACGACAAUCAUUUGCGACUUCAUAGUCAAAAGGGAUUUUACAGCUGUGGUGGAUAAAAUCCACAUUUGACUGGUUCUAAACCCGCUACUGUUUUUGCUCUACCUCUGCAACACCAGGUGGUUCAAAAUGCAAUAAAUGUUUGUUUCCGCAAUAUAUUUUACUGUUGUAAAUUUUCUUUUCAUUUCUUUACAUUGUGUUUUAAUGAUGUAAACCUAUGGUAAUCAAAUUGAUGUCAUUUUUGAUCGAAAUGCAAUAUUUUUGUUACUAUUAUGUAAUGUUACUAUUUAUUCUUUAUAUUUGAUCUGUUUUGUUAUUGUAUAUUGUUAUAAAAUGUUAAAAGAAUAAAAGAAAUUGA